AUGAAACUCCGUACCUUCUCGAUUUCUCCACCUGCAGGUUUCAUGAUGUGUUCAACAUCCGCAUUCAUUUUAAAUUUUCAGGAGUUGCUGGAGAACAUGGAAAAUUUAACCGACAAUCUUGUGUGGAGGGAGUACCAAAAGAUUCAGGUGACAUACCAAAAGCUUCUUGAUCGAAGCGUUCCUUUCUAUGUACGAAGAUGGUCAGCUUUUGGUGCUCUUCUUGUCAUCUUCAUGGUGAGAAUCUUCAUAGUUCAAGGUUGGUAUAUUAUUUGCUAUGCAUUGGGAAUUUACCUUCUCAAUUUAUUCCUUGCAUUUCUCACUCCAAAAUUUGAUCCUUCAUUGGAACAAGAGCUGAAAUCAUCCUCUCUUGAAGAGGGUGCAGAAGAAUCUGUAACCGAAGAAGAAUUCCGGCCCUUCAUACGGAGAUUGCCUGAAUUUAAGUUCUGGUUAAAUGCAACUAGAGCGACAAUUAUCUCCUUAUUCUUGUCCAUGUUUUCGAUUUUUGAUAUUCCUGUCUUUUGGCCUAUUCUUGUGAUGUAUUUCAUCAUUUUGUUCACUUUAACUAUGAGAAAGCAAAUUCAGCACAUGAUCAAGUACAAAUACUUACCUUUUGAUAUUGGGAAGACGAAGUAUGGACACUGA